AGUCAAGGAGACAGGGCCGAAUGGGCGUUACCAGGGUGUCAGUGGGGGCGGAACCUACAAGGAGGCGUGCCCGGAUGGGAGUUUUUAAUCCUAAUACGCUCCCCCAACUGGUGACUGGAGUUAAUGUAAUGCCAGCGGCUCCGGUUUGGGAGCGGGAAUAUGGCUCCGUCUCACGUUUUGCGCUGCUGCCAGCGGGUGGUGGGCUGGAUCCCGGUGUUGUUCAUCACGGCGGUGGCUUGUUGGUCUUACUACGCCUUUGUGCUGGAACUGUGCGUCUUUACUAUUAAAUCUGAUGCUGAAAAAGCUGUCUACAUGGUGAUUUUCCACUUAUUCUUUAUUAUGUUUCUGUGGUCUUAUUGGAAGACAAUAUUUACACUUUCUGCUAAUCCGUCCAAUGAGUUUUGCUUAUCCAAAUCUGACAAAGAGCUGUAUGAGCGGGAGGAGAGGCAAGAGUUUCAGGUGGAGAUCCUCAAGCGCGCUGCUAAAAACUUGCCCAUUUACACCACAACUGCAACAAGAGCUAUCCGCUAUUGUGACAGAUGCCAGCUGAUAAAGCCAGACCGGUGUCACCAUUGUUCCACCUGUGAUGUAUGUGUACUUAAGAUGGACCAUCAUUGCCCAUGGGUGAAUAAUUGUGUGGGAUUUUCCAAUUACAAAUUCUUCCUGCUGUUUCUGAUGUAUUCUUUACUGUACUGCUUAUUUAUUGCUGCUACAGUUCUCCAGUAUUUCAUAAAGUUCUGGACGCUUUGCCGCAGCAAAUCUGAAGAUAGUUGUCCACAGAAUGAGCUUCCCGACACUCGUGCAAAGUUCCAUGUCCUUUUCCUGUUCUUUGUGGCUGCCAUGUUCUUUAUCAGCAUAUUGUCACUGGUCAGCUAUCACUGUUGGCUUGUCGGAAAAAACAGAUCCACUAUCGAGGCCUUCCGUGCUCCCUUUUUUCGAAAUGGUCCGGAGAAGGAUGGAUUUUCUCUUGGUUUUAGCAAAAAUCUAAGAGAAGUUUUUGGUGAUGAGAAGAAGUAUUGGCUACUCCCUGUCUUUACAAGUUUGGGAGAUGGUUGUUCUUUUCCUACUCGUCUUAUACUUGGGGACCCAGAACAAAAUGUUGCCACUGUCCAGACAGAUUCUACCAAACAUGUGGGGCCAAACCAGACGUUUCCUGCCAGGCCUCUUAGUGAAUCUCAGAAUCACUUGUUAGGAAGUGACAGUCAGUGGAAUGACAGUGCACCAGGGGAGGAUCACGUGGAUAAAGGUGUGGAGAGUCAUGUCGCAGUUCUAAUUGAAAGCUGAUUAUUUAUCCAGUGAAUCCUCUAAAUGGGGAAAGAGGAAAUUCUGCAGCACAUUUUUGUGCUCAACAGCCAAAUCCAGACGGCAGAGAUCCACAGACUGAUGUGCCACAAAAUAAGACGCCUACGAUAGAAAUUGCACAAACCUAUUGCCGUGCACAUUGAUGAAUGUCUGGAAGCUUGAGCACAAGGACGAAUAAACCAAUGCCUUACAAUAUACCAUAGUGCUGUACUGCAACACGAUACCACCCUUUGUACAGCCACUUUAUUGCCUCUGGAAACCUCUGCUCAGACUGUGUAUUAUUUCUACAUUCAGACUGGCACCUAUUUUACAUCAAGAAAUGCAGCUGUAUAUUGUGAUUUCCUCCUUUUAAAAUUGGAACUGCAAAGGAUAUACUGUAAUAUAAGGGCUGUUCGUGUUCCCAGUGUUGUACGGUUUUAUAUGACAAAACAACCCUAAUGUCCAGCUCCUCCCUGGCAAUCUACUCGCCACUGGUUGCACUGCUUUCCUUUUUCUUGCACAUUUUUAUAUUUCGAAAGACCUCCAUAAACGUUUAUAUUUAAUGGCAAACUAAAACACGCGUAGAAACGGGUCAACCGUGAUGCAAAAUGUAAUGCCAAACUGAAUCUAUAAAUGAUAAACCUCUCGUUUUCUUUCCUUCAACUCAAGACGACGUUCUCUCAGCCAAACAAGAUCUUCAGUCGUUAGUGGGGAGACCAAGUCGAUCUUUAACGAAUGAGUGGUAAUUACAUUCCAGCGUGAAUCUACAGUAUCACUUCUGAGCUUGCAAUCCAUUUAUUCAUCAGGUCACAUUUAUUACCAAAUUUCAGGGCUUCUGUACCAAAGGGAUAUGUCUACGUUUCUGACUAUUUAAGCCGGACUGCUCUCUAUCUGCUUCUUUCUCACGGCCGUGUCCCCAAGUUCGACCCACUCUGGACACUUGUCUUGUGGAUUCUGUUUACAGACUUCCUUUUUGUAAUGCAACAAUAAAGCCAUUACGUUUUAAAA